GGAUCUAUUGCAGUAAUUCAGACCCUGACUUGUUGGAUGAGCAGGCACCUCUUGAAGAAUCUGCCGUGGGACAUGGUGCAGCCCAGCGGUGGCCCGGCCACAGAGCAGGACUUGCUGGGCGAGGAGUCCUCUCUGGGGAAGCCGGCCAUGCUGCAUCUUCCUUCCGAGCAAGGCAUACCUGAGACUCUCCAGCGCUGCCUGGAGGAGAAUCAAGAGCUCCGAGAUGCCAUCCGGCAGAGCAACCAGAUGCUGCGGGAGCGCUGUGAGGAGCUGCUUCGUUUCCAGGUCAUCCAGCGGGAGGAGAAGGAGUUCCUCAUGCAGAAGUUCCAGGAGGCCAGGAGGCUAGUGGAGAGACUGAGCCUGGAGAAGCUUGACCUGAAGAGGCAGAAGGAACAGGCCCUGCAGGAGGUGGAACACCUGAAGAGAAGCCAGCAGCAGAUGGCCGAGGACAAGGCCUCAGUGAAAGCACAAGUGACAUCCUUGCUGGGGGAGCUCCAGGAGAGCCAGAGUCGUCUGGAGGCUGCCACCAAGGAGCGGCAGGCCUUGGAGGGCAGGGCCCGGGCAGCCAGCGAGCAGGCCAGGCAACUGGAGAGCGAGCGGGAGGCACUGGAGCAGCAGCACAGCGUACAGGUCGACCAGCUGCGCAUGCAGAACCAGAGUGUGGAGGCUGCCCUGCGCAUGGAGCGCCAGGCCGCCUCAGAGGAGAAGGCCUAUCACCAGCUCUUCCAGAAACCCCCCAGCCACAUCAAGAGCAGCCUGGUGAGCAGUGAGCGGAAGCGGGGCAUGCAGCUUGAGGACCUCAGGCAACAGCUGCAGCAGGCUGAGGAGGCCCUGGUGGCCAAGCAAGAAGUGAUCGACAAGCUGAAGGAGGAGGCUGAGCAGCAUAAGACUAUCAUGGAGACUGUCCCAGUUCUGAGGGCUCAGGCUGAUAUCUAUAAGGCAGACUUCCAGGCUGAGAGGCAGGCCCGGGAGAAGCUGGCUGAGAAGAAGGAGGUCUUGCUGCAGCAGUUGGAGCAGCUGCAGAGGGAGUAUAGCAGACUGAAGGCCAGCUGCCAGGAGUCAGCCCGGAUUGAGGAUAUGAGGAAGCGGCAUGUGGAGGUCUCCCAGCCCCCCUUACCUGCCGCCCCUACAGUUCACCACUCCUUCCACCUGGCCCUGCCCAGCCAGCGGAGAAGCCCUCCUGAGGAGCCGCCUGACUUCUGCUGUCCCAAGUGCCAGUAUCAAGCUCCAGACAUGGACACCCUGCAGAUACAUGUCAUGGAGUGCAUUGAGUAGGGCUCACGGAUGCCAGGCCCUGCAGAUGACCACCCAGGAAUACGUGGCCUGCUUCCUCUUCACCUGCCCUGUCAAUGGACAGGCCACAAAGCGGGCCACUGCUCUGAGCCCUGGGAGCUUGCUGCAGGGCCCCACGCUUCAGCUGUUGGCCUGCUGGUUCACCACCUCUAGGGUAGCUCUUUUCCUUCUGUUCUGUCUGCUUGACUGCUUGCCUCUAGGGGCUGAUCCCUCACUCUCCUCCCACCUACUCUUGGACAGGGCAAGAGCAGAGGUUAGGAUGUCAGGCCGUCAGAGUCAGCCUGGGCUGGGAAAUGACUUUAUCAUUCCUAAGGCCUAGGUGUGCAGGUGAUCAGGUUGGAUUGGGGGAGGUGUUACAGGCACAGACAGGGUUCCUCCCAUGAAUGCUGUGUUUCAGUUCUGAUCCUGCAGCUAUCCCGUAUCAGCUCUUUCAGUUUUUUUUUUCCUUUGGGGGAGGGGGAAUGGGGAUUGUGUGUGUUUCUGUGACUGGUGUAACAAAUUACAACAGACUUGGAAACUCAUUUCUUCAGGAUUUUGGAAGCCAGAGAUUGCUUCUGGAGGCUCUGAGCAUCAAUUCCAGGCCUCUCUCAGCCUCUGGUGACUGCCAGCACGCUUGGUGGUCUGUGGCUGGUAUACCUGUCACUGUGGUCUCUGCCUGUGUGAUCACUGGAUGUAGGGCCCACCUGGCUAAUCCAGGAUGAUCUCCUCACUUCAGAUCUUUGCCUUCAUUGCUUCUGUAAAGACGCUUUACCCAAAUAAGGUCACAGUCACAAAUUCUUGGGGUUAAGACAUUUAUCCCUCUCUUUGGGGAGUCACUGUUCAACUCAUUGUGGGAACAUCAUCCAGAGCCUACAGAUAAGGGCAAAAACAGCCCGAAGGCAGGCGCUUCUAGGACCUCUUUUACAGAGAAUCACUUCUCAGGGUGAUGGUGGCCACUGGGCUUCAGAAUUUGGUGUGGGCCAGGCCCUUGUGGGCAUAGAGACAUCUUAUUUCCCAGGGGAUGCUGCUGUUGAGGCCAGUGGGUGUGGGGGGAGAGCCAAGUUGGCUGCGGCAGGACGCACCUGCUGGACCACUUGCAUGCAGGUAGUGGCUAUCAGCCUCUGAGAAGGCUGACAGAGGUGCAUGGGAGCUCUUCUCUGUUCAGUCCUCCUCUCUUCUGAAAGGGGCUUAGAGAGAGAGAGAAGGCAUUUCUCCCAAGGAAUGCCACAUGAGCUGCACAGUGGAAUUAUCCAGGAGCUUGAAGGAUGCUUCUGCCUGGGCCUCCUGGGCCUUUAGGGUUAGAAUCUGGGGUUGGGGCCAGACAUUGACCCUCUCUGCUGCCACUUCUGUAGCCCUGUGUAGAGUUGACCAGAUGUUAGCCAUCAACGGUUUUGAACCAGCCUGUUCACCAGAGAGGGACAUUUUGCUUCUUUCCUCUCUGGCUUUAGGUUGGGCUUCCAGGACAACUGGUUGGUUUCCUCCCUUGAGGGAACCAGCCUGCCUGCCCUUAGCUAUGGCUUCUGGUCCAGAACCUGGGCUCUUCCUCUUGCUCAUUCUGCUGGUCCACACACAAGGGAAAUCCACAUGGGCUCUGCAUACAGCAAGAAAGCAUGGCACACUUAUGAGUAACUGCAACAACACUGGCUCCCACAGUAAGCAAAACGAGACUGCAAACAAGCAGCUCAUCAUAGGACGCAGGCCUGGCGAGGUCCCUGUCUCCGAGGGGCCGCUUACUGGGAUGCUGCAAGCAGUGCAGAAGCAUCGGUUGUGCUCUCCCAGUGACUGCCAUUGGAGCAGCUGAAGUGAAGUAACAGGCCAUGGAUCUGAACGUCUCACUAUGUGAAAAGUGCUUUGUAGUACAUUGCUGUGAAAAGGCAGGAAACCAAAUCAUAGAAAGUGUGACCCCAAUAAAGAAGUAAACUGCAAGUGCA